GUCAACUCAAACAGCAUAUAGAAAAAAACUGAGUACCUACCCACUCAAGCUAGCUAGUAGUAGGAUCAGAAAUUACUGCGUUGUUACCUGAGCUAGUUGAUUAGCUAAAGAUGAAGUUUGGGAAAGAAUUCAAGUCUCAAAUGGUACCAGAAUGGGAAGAAGCGUACAUGAAUUACGAUGAUCUCAAAACUCUUGUUAAAGAUAUUCAAGAUUUUAACCAUAAACAUAAACCACAGCUCACUUCUCAAAGGACAUUUUACAGAACUUUUAGUGGUCUUACUAAAAGAUUCAGUAAUUUAGGAGAUUCUUCUAAAGUAUCAGCUGGAGAUGGAAGUGGUGAUGGUGAUAUUGAAGAUCAAGUCAUACUAAUUACUGAUGUUGAUAAUAAUCAUGAUCACUACGAAACCAAGUUCUUGAUGUCACCCGAAGAAGGAUCAGCAGCUGAAUAUGAACUUUUGUAUUUUAAAAGACUUGACGAUGAAUUUAAUAAAGUUAAUAAGUUUUACAGAAACAAAGUUGAGGAUGUGAUGAAAGAAGCUGAUUUGUUGAAUAAGCAAAUGGAUGCUUUGAUUGCUUUCAGGAUCAAGGUUGAAAAUCCUGAUGGUUUCGUCAAUUGGACUGUCGAAAUGAAUGAACUUGCUUCCGGUGUUGCUGCUGCUGCUGCUUCCACUACCGUUUCGCGUACUCUUCGCGAGUUGCUGAAUUCUCCAGACUCUCCCGAGUCUCCGACUAGUACUUCGCGAUAUAACAAAAGACCAUCAAAUGUAUCCAGAGAAGGAGCAAUGCCGCGUAUGGAUGCCAUUGACGAGAAUGGUCACUCUGACGAGUCCGGGGAUGAUACUGUUUGUGAUGGCACCCGAGCUAGGGGUCCAACUAAUACCACUGUAACCGAAAUGAAAGAAAAGAAGGUGUGCAUUAGUAGAAAACCAGCUUUAUUAGAUGUCCUUAAUCAUGUGACUAUAAUCAAUACACUUGAAACACCACGAUCAACCAUAAAAGGAAUGUUUACUGUUAACAAAAACCACGAAAUUAGUUUUGGAAGAGGGAACUUACGGAAAGUUGAAGACCAACUUCAACGAGCUUUCGUCGUGUUCUAUUCAGAACUUCGACUCUUAAAGAGUUACAGUUUUCUGAAUGUAUUGGCAUUUUCUAAGAUCAUGAAGAAGUAUGACAAGAUCGCUUCAAGAAACGCAUCAAAAUCUUACAUGCACAUGGUGGAUAACUCCUACAUUGGCAGUUACGAUGGGGUUACUCGGCUUAUGGAGAGAGUAGAAGCUACCUUCAUCAAGCACUUCACAAACGCGAAUCGUAGAAAAGGCUUAAGAAUAUUAAGACCAGCAGCAAAGAGAGAAAGGCAUAGAACUACGUUCUCUUUAGGUUUAUUUGCCGGAUGCGCAUUAGCCCUCUUGGCAUCUAUUAUAUCAGUUGUACGUGCUCGUAACAUAUUAAGAUCCUCGGGAAGUACUCUAUAUAUGGAAUCGCUAUUUCCCCUUUAUAGCUUAUUUGGAUUCAUUGUCCUUCAUAUGCUCAUGUAUGCAAUUAAUGUUUACGCAUGGAGACGCUACCGAGUAAAUUAUCCAUUUAUAUUUGGAUCCAAGCAAGGAACUGAACUGGGCUACAGGGAAGUCUUCCUCAUAAGCACGGUUCUAGCAACACUGGCGCUUUCAAUCGUACUCAUGAACUUAGACAUGCAAAUGGACAUGCAUACUAAAGAUUUUGAGACCCUAACUGAGUUGCUCCCUCUUAUGUUACUUAUUUUUCUAGUUCUCAUUCUGGUUUGCCCCUUCAACAUUGCAUACCGUACAAAUCGAUAUUUCUUACUUGUGUGCUUGUUCCAUUGUGUUUGUGCUCCUUUUUACAAGGUUCUCCUAGCAGAUUUUUUCUUGGCAGACCAGUUAACUAGCCAGGUCGAAGCAUUCAGAAGUAUUAAAUACUACAGCUGUUACUAUGCCGGGGGAGGUUUUAUAUCCAGGGAUAGCUCUUGCAAAAAUUCAGAUCUUUUUAAAAUUUUCAACUUCAUCAUACCCUCAAUACCAUAUGCGUGCCGUGUAUUUCAGUGUCUUCGCCGUUUAUUUGAGGAGAAAAACCUAGUGGAAGGAUAUAAUGCACUAAAGUACUUCUCAACCAUCGUUGCUGUAGCCAUCAGAACGGCUUAUAGACUGGAUCCUAACUCGAUGAUAUGGUUCAUACUGGCAUUGGUCAGUUCAGUGAUUUCAGCUGUUGUCAGCACUUACUGGGAUAUAGUUAUGGACUGGGGACUCUUCCAGAAGGACUCCAAGAACCGUUUUUUGCGAGAUAAACUUGUUGUCCCACAACAAAGUGUAUACUUUGUAGCCAUUGGACUGAACAUCUUGCUUCGAUUUGCCUGGUUGCAAACGGUAUUCAAUUUUACGCCUGGGUUUCUACAUAUGCAAGCUAUGAUCACCAUCUUUGCUUGUUUAGAGAUCAUUCGUCGCGGGAUAUGGAAUUUCUUCAGGCUGGAGAAUGAGCAUUUAAACAAUGUGGGCAAGUAUAGGGCGUUCAAAUCAGUACCACUGCCUUUCAACUAUGACGAAGAUGAUGGAGAUAAAGAUGAGUAAAUGGCCGGAGACAUAGACUGCAUUGCAGGAAUUCCUGAAAAGCCAUCGAAAAUCCAGAAGUUAGUUUGGGACAAAAUAGUCUUUUAUAAAGUGAAUUGUUUUCGGUUCUUAUUGGCCGACCUUAAGGGAGGCCUUCUAUGUGAUGGAAAAUCUGCACUUUGUAUGUCACAAAGAAAGUCCCAAACUUUUAAAAUUGACA